AUGGCCAUUCGACUCUUUUCAACACCCACCCAACAAAGUUUGAGUGCCAAUGCAGGCCCUUCCAUGCAUUUAAAUACAGUAGAUUCAGGUAAAAGCAGCACUGCUUCUGACUUGGCCUUUGGUGGGAUUGCACCGUGGCUUAUCACUACGCUCGCAUCACUUGGGAUCAAAACGCCUACAGAGGUACAGACUGCCUGCAUUCCUGCAAUUCUCGGAGGCCACGAUGUCAUCGCUUCCUCAAGAACUGGUUCUGGGAAAACUGCUGCAUUUGCGCUACCAGUUUUGACGCUUCUUUCACAAGAUCCAUUUGGAAUUUUCGCUCUGGUUUUGUCGCCAACACGCGAGCUUGUACUACAAAUCGGGGAGCAGUUCAAAGCAUUUGGUGAGGGCCUUAAGCUGGGGGUAUCUAUCGUCAUCGGAGGCCUUGAUAUGAUGCAGCAGGCCAUGUCGCUUGCCAAUGAUCGUCCACAUAUUGUGAUUGCAACCCCUGGAAGACUUGCUGACCUUCUCCGCUCCUCGCCUGAUCUGAAAAGAGCAUUUUCUCGUCUAAAAUUCCUCAUCUUUGACGAGGCUGAUCGCUUGCUGGGUGAGGAGUGUUUUCACAGUCCCGUGGCGGAGAUAAUUUCUGCCUCAUCUGAGAAAAGACAAAAUCUCUUCUUUUCUGCAACGCUUCCUCGUUCGAUUGUUGAUAACAUUCGUCUCAUGCUCCCUAAAAAAGAGCCAUUUAUCUACAACUGCAAGGAGUCAUAUGAAGGCAUCGCCUCGCUUGUUCAACGCUGCGUUAUCAUUCCAAGUCAGGUAAAAGAUAGCUAUCUGGUCCAUCUUCUUACGACAGGGCCAUUUGCUUCUACCCCAUCGAUCAUUAUUUUUGUAGGCAAGUGCAAAUCCACGGCUUUGCACUCACGAAUGUCCCAAAAGGAACGCAUUGGGUCUCUCAUCAGAUUCAAGGGAGAAGUUGUCCCUAUCCUCAUCACAACGGACCUCUCUUCUCGUGGUCUCGAUAUUCCAGCUGUACAGCUGGUCAUCAAUUAUGAUGUACCCGCCGAUCCGCGGACUUAUAUUCAUCGCAUUGGGAGAACCGCCCGAGCCGGAAAAGGUGGACAAUCAAUCACAUUCAUCGGGGAAAUAGAUGUGGCUCUCUUCAAAGCUAUUGAAGAUGAAAUGAAAAAAAACUCGACAUUUACAUCCAUCACUCCCCUUGACGAAGAAUUUAUCAAGGAAAGUGAAGUCCUCUCACUCCUCAAUCCUGUCAGCAAGGCUAAAAGAAUGGCCUCCAUGGCACUUUUGGAUUCUGGAUUUGGAGAGAGGGAACGGAGGCGCAAGCAGAGAGAACCAUGA